AUGUUUGUUCCUCUAUAUCCUCAGUCUUACAUCAUCUAUGUCCCUUAUCUGUUUCUGUUCCUCCCGAAGGAAAAACAUUCUUGGAAAUAUCAAAAUUUAAUUCAAGUUUGUGAAAUGGCUAAAUGGAUACACCUCGCAGCAUUGUUUUUCGUCGGAGCGGCCCUUUGUUGCAGAGAUGAAGAGAGGCGGAAGCUGUAUGGUCAUUGCCGCUCGGCAUUGUGUAUCAAAGGAAACUGGUACCUACAUCAGUGUGUACCUGGGAUCAUGAACGACAUAAAAAAUACCCCUGAAAGGAAACUCGACUGUGGGGAAGGCACGUUGUACCUGGAUCACGAAGAGCCAAGGAUAUAUUACCAGUGCCAUAAUGGAACUCUCUUUCCCAAAAGAUGUCCAGACGGACAAGAAUUCAGCUAUGAAACAAACACAUGUCUUGAAACCUCAUCGAAGGUUCCAGAUCGGAAUUCACAUUCAAGGUCUGAACGUUCUGUUUCAGAACUGGAGAUGAAGCGUGCAGGUGACAAUGUUGGUAGCAUGUGUGACGAGGACACUACGUACUCGGAUGUAUUCGAUGUGACAGCGUAUUAUAAGUGCAUUGGUGGAAAAUUAAUUUCAUAUAUAUGCCAAGGCGAUGCGAUAUUUAACUCGGAAAAACAGCGAUGCGUUUCGCCGUCCUCCAGACCAAAAGUUGUAGCAAACAGUUUCAUAACCAAACAAGCCCGAUGCAACCAUGGAGAAACUCGUAAAAAAGAAGGUUCUUGCAAGCAGUUUUACGAAUGUGUAAAUGGUACAGAAGUUAUCGGGGUAUGUAUGGACUGCCAGAACUAUGACGAACACCAGAAGAAAUGCCGUUAUGUAUUCGAUUAUCCAUGUCAGCUUCCUGGACAACCGACAACCUCACCUUCGGAAGGCUCGUCAACAGGCGGCCCAGGAUUAUGGACAUCUGAUCCAUCACCUUCAGACACUACAGAGGUUAUCGAUACGAGUACGAGAAUCGCGAGCGACGGAGGAUCGUCUCCGAACCCGACAGCAGCUGGAAAUGAAGUUUCGACCACAGUGACAACAACCGUGAAGGUGCCAUCAACUUCUUCUGAGCCGGAGAGUUCGGCCUUACCGUUCGGAGACUGCAAACACAGGCGUGCCCUUCCGGACUGCAAGUACUACCUGGAGUGCCACGAAGGAGAACUGGUCACCAGGAGGUGUGGCUGGUUGCAGUACUUCGAUUCGUUGUCGAACUCUUGCAGUUUUAUGGGAUACAAGUGUCACGAAACAAAAUAAAACAAUUUAACAACACCAUUACCCGUGAGGGAACUCUCCCUUAACACAUAUCGUCAGAUUAUUGCAAAAUGUCUCAAAGUACAUUUUUUGAUAAGUCAUAAUUUAGGGCUUAGAGGCGUAAAACCCCGAGAACAUCAUCGUUUAUCUAAUCUUCAUUCCAAUUAUAACUUAUUGUAGAAAAAAAAAUCAAGUUUAAAUUGUGUUUAGUAAAUAAUAAGUUUAAAAAAAAUUAUUACCG